CAAAGUGCAAUAAAACAAGGUAUGCCUGUACUUUUUAAAUUCCAGGAAUUAUCAGCAGCUAACGAAUGUCUAAGGCAUGAGUGGAAGGAAAGAGAGUGGGAGGCAAAAAAGAAGACCUAGCAUAUCUCGAGGAAAAGUAGAAUCCUUCCAACAAGUGUUUUAUUGAGACCCUUCUGAAAAGAAGAUAGCUGAGAGCCCUUGGAAUCUGGAGUCAAUUGAAGACAAUGAAGUAUAUUUGCCUAAUGAUGAAAUUUGGACCUAUGAUAUUGAUAGUGGGUUGUGGACCAUGCACCUCAUGGAAGGAGAACUCCCUACCUCCAUGUCAGGAAGUUGUGGUGUUUGCAUUAAUGGAAAGCUGUACGUUUUUGGAGGAUAUGAUGACAAAGGAUACAGCAAUCGACUUUAUUUUGUUAAUUUGCGAACAAGAGAUGGAACCUACGUUUGGGAAAAAAUCACCAAUUUUGAAGGACAACCACCCACACCACGUGAUAAACUUUCUUGCUGGGUAUAUAAAGACAGAUUAAUAUAUUUUGGUGGCUAUGGGUGUAGGAGACACAGUGAACUCCAGGACUGUUUUGAUGUUCAUGAUGCAUCUUGGGAAGAACAGAUAUUCUGGGGGUGGCAUAAUGAUGUUCAGAUAUUUGAUACAAAGACACGGAGUUGGUUCCAACCAGAAAUUAAAGGUGGAGUCCCACCGCAGCCGCGAGCCGCGCACACGUGUGCAGUUCUUGGAAAUAAGGGCUAUAUCUUUGGCGGACGUGUUUUGCAAACUAGGAUGAAUGAUUUGCACUGUCUGAACUUAGAUACCUGGACUUGGUCUGGAAGGAUUCCUGUUAAUGGAGAAACCCCCAAACAUCGGUCAUGGCAUACUUUAACACCAAUAGCUGAUGAUAAACUUUUUCUAUUUGGUGGACUAAGUGCAGACAAUAUCCCAUUAAGUGAUGGUUGGAUUUAUAAUGUCAUAACAAAUUGUUGGAAACAACUUACACACUUACCUAAAACAAGACCCAGGUUAUGGCAUACAGCCUGUUUGGGGAAAGAAAAUGAAAUAAUGGUAUUUGGUGGGAGCAAAGAUGAUUUACUUUCCUUGGAUACAGGCCACUGUAAUGAUUUAUUGAUUUUUCAAACACAGCCCUAUUCACUACUCAGGUCAUGCCUAGACUGCAUUGGUAAAAAUGCUAUAGUUUUAGAAAGUCAGGUAUCUUUAUUACCUCCUAAACUUCUGCAACAAGUGCUCAAAAAAAUAACAUUCUGGACUGCAGCUAAUCACCGAGAAGAACAAAGAAUCCAAAAAGAAGAAACUGAAAAUAAGUAUCAGUGGAUCAGUAGCAAUUAAGUUGUCAUAUACUCUCUAUAUUUAAUAUGUGUACACAUUUUAAUUAGAUUGUAUAUUUACACCCCCCCCCCCAAAUUGGAGGAUUUAGAAGAUAAAAUUUGAAACAAAAAUGCUAUGUCCUGGUGAUUAUAGGCCAUGGAAUAUAUGGGAAUAAGAUGUUAAUGGAAGAUUAUAUUUUAUAUUUGUAAACUAAUUUCCUAAUUAGCUGCAGGAAGAAAUAUACUUUCUGAAAGUACGUACAAUUGUAAGAGAUUUUAACUCACUGUGUACUCUUUACUGAAAAGUUUAUAUGAAUUUGAGGAGAAUGAGAAAUUAGCCCAAGGACUUAAGAAAUCCCCCAACAUAAUAAUAGAUAAAAAUACUAUACAUCAACUUUCAGAAAGAAUGGAUUUUCUCAAGCCACUUAAACAUUAUCUAAAGUUUCUCAUUAAGUAACCCAGUAAUUUAAAAACUUCUCUUUCAGUAACUGAUGCAGCUGGGCAAAAUGAUAAAAUAGGCAAGCGCCAAUAUGGAUUAAAUAGUGGACUCCUACCCUUUAGCCCUUACCUAGUAAAGUCUUAUUGAGCUUCAUUGUAACUUGUCCCCACCUUUAUUUGAAUAGCAGAAUAAAUGCCUUCAGUUGUCUUUCAUUACUCCUAAGUUACUAGCUAAUCCAACUUUAUAAAGACCAUGUUUUAAAGUGUCUAAAGUGGAGAUUAACUUAUCAUACAGACUUUGAAAUAUGGGGAAACAGUAGAUAUAUUAGCUUUUGAGACCCAUCAAAAUAUAUUUUUGCCCUGGAAGAAUGCUUCUAAAGUAGUUUCUGCAAGUAAUGAAAUGGGAUGGUAGCUUAGUAAUUUGCCUUUAUAGCAACCCUGCUAUUUGGCCCAUAGGGAAAUAUGUUGUCUUCCUAUUUGUUUUCAGUAUUACCUGCCUAUACAGAAAUAGCAUCCUAUAUUUAUAUUCCUUUAGCCAGUACUUUUGCCAUAAUUAAGAAGUUACUCAUAUUAUCACAGUUAUACGCUUUCAUUGAAUUACUAAUAACAAUGAAUUAUUAAGAAGCUCAGUAUAUAAAAUUAUUCUCCUUAACACCACCAUUCAAGUUAUCUCUAAAAUUUAAAAUACU